ACCCAUUAGGGUGUCCACCAGCAGUGCUCAAUUAAGGAGCUAAUAAAACAUCAUUUUCAAACAUUUGCCAAAAUGCAAUUCGUAGAAAAACGCCAUUCUAUACCGAGUACCUGGUGCGAGCAGUUUCAUAUGUGACAGAGAUGAACAUCUCUGUUAGAAACUUCGAAUGAAGGGGAAUCUGAAGACGCAACUAGGAUGGGACACUAAAAAUGACUAGGAUUGCGCCUUUGGCAUCUGCACAACGAAAAAAAGUUGAUAUGAAAACCAAUGGAACAGCAGAGAAAUGCUGGUUUCAAUGGCAUAGGAGGAAGUCUUUAUAAAAUAAAAUGCCUCCACGGUUCUAUAGUGUGAUUUUUCCGAGGCUAUUUUGAAGCAAGUGGUAGAGCGCGUGGCGGUGGUGCUGCUGGGUGGGAGAUGGGCUGGGAAGAGCUCCAGUGGCAACAGCCUCCUCGGACUAGACAGCUCUACUGGGGGGUUCAACGUGGGGAAACAGACCGACACAUGCAUCAUGAAGGAAACUAAAAUAGACAGUACUCUGGUGAGUGUGAUCGACACGCCGAGCUGGAUGUGGGUCCCUGCUGCGGACACCUCAGAGGAGGUUAAAAGUCAACUGAAGAGGAGUGUGACACUGGCCGAACAGGGUGGACACCCUGCCUUCCUAUUGGUCUACCCUCUGGGGUCGCCCUUCCUCAGGAGACACAAGGUGGCUGUGGAGGAACACCUAGCACUGCUGGGAGAGGCAGAGGAGGUGUGGGGACACACCAUGGUUCUGUUCUCUAGAGGAGACUGGCUGGCCGGUAGGGGGACCUCUAUAGAAGAACACAUUCAGACGGCUGGGCCAGAGCUCCUAUGGCUCUUAGAGAAAUGUGGGAAUAGGUACCAUGUCAUUAACAACAAGGAGAAAGAGAUGGAGAAGGUGAAGGAGCUACUACAGAAGAUUAAAGAGAUGGUACGAAAUAGGGAAGAGAUGGCAGAAGAGAGAGAAGGGAUGCCGCCGGUGAAAAGGAGGAGGAAAAGCAUGGAGGAGCCAAAUCAAAUGACUGGAGAGAAGUCAGCGGCAGGUGGAGAAGUUGGAGAACCAUCCGAUGCUCAAAAGAAGGACUAACUGUACUGGAUUAGUUGCUAGUAUCAAGCUGACUUCAAUGCUCUUAUUUUAACUUAUAGAGAAGGACUAUUCAACCUUUUCUUGCCCAGUGACGACCUCCCAGGCUAACCCGCGAACCCCCAUCAUACGUUAGCAGAUUUUUAUUUUUAAUAUUCACAUCUUGUCAUAUCAUCAGCUGAAUGAUAAGGGCAAGGAGAAUAAGCCUAGUGAACAUUUUAAAAUUAAUAGAUUUGGUAGAUCGUUUACUUUGACCUCCCCACAUUAUAAUUGGAAGAGGAAGUGUAACUCUUAACAUAGCCUAUUAGCUAGAAAGGUAACUUCAAACACAUUUUUGCUAAGAGCAUCUGUUUAGCUAGUUCAAGAAAGGUUAGCCAUGUGCUGGCAAAAAUGUAUAUCCAAGUCAAGAAAGCUUACCAGCAGCAAGUGGCACUACCUCACUAGUAGCCUAGCCACGGAUGCUUUUUCAAAGCCCAUGUCAGAUGCAAUUGGCUCCAAUUAGUGUAAUUUGCUCAAUAUUAGGAGUUAUAAAGUUGACAUCAUUAGAAAGAUGAUAUGCUCCUCUUUUCUACUGUAGGUAUGUAAUUCCAAAUUAGUUUGUUGUUGCUUACGAUAUUUAGAAAAAUGAUUGAAAUAAGAAAUCUACUAAUAUUUUUGCUGCGGACCCCAUGCCGCGGACCCCCGGUUGAAUACCCCUGUUCUGGAGGACUCCAUGGCCAAGUCCACUCUCAUCUGACAGACAUGCUUGUUCCAAACAAGCAGUUGUUUUAAAUUAUAUCAAUGUUUUGUAUGCAUAUUUUACUGUGUUAUGUUCUGUAUGUUAGUCAUUUUCUGUUAUGUAUUGUGUGAUCAUUGUUACGCUGUCCUCUGGCAAUAUCUGGUGGCUGUUACAAUACACAACACCAUUAACCCUCUAGAGUCGAAGCCCUGUCUAAGGAGGCGGGAGGGUUCUAAACUAACAUAUGGACUUGUUUUAAGACGGUCAUACCAAGGAUUAUUUAGCUAUUUGAUUUUUAAUUUUAUGAUCCCUUAAGGUAUCAAAAAAUAUAUAAUAACAAUUUGGGAUGAAACAUUGAAUUUUACAUUACUGCUAUUAGCCAAUAAAAAUGCAUUGAAUCUCA